GCUCUAUUUAAUUUACCCACAAUUUACAACAAUGACUGGUUCCUUACACCCAAAUAUUAUUAAGGAUGCAUCUACUGGCAGUGCCGGUGUUGUAGCUGGAGAAUUGGCAGCUGAAGAUGCAGGACUCAUCAACGAUGCCACAUUGAAGUCUCAUAAUUAUGGAUCCGUGGAAACUUCAACUUCAGGUUCCACAUCUCCAGUGGAGACACACUCGGAAGAUUCAGACUUUGCUAUGCCAAAGGCUCAAGUCUACGUGGUCAUUUCAAGUUUGUACAUGUCAUCGUAUUUGGCAGCCCUCGAUGCCACAGUGGUGACCACCUUAUUAUCUAUCAUUGCCUCUGAUCUUAAUGCUGUAGCUAGAAUCUCUUGGAUAGCCACUGCAUAUCUUCUUUCUUGUGCAGCAUUUCAACCACUUUUUGGUAAGCUUUCAGACAUUUUCGGUAGAAAACCGCUCUUGAUGGUGUGUUGUUUCUGCUUUGCAAUUGGAUGUUUUAUCUGCUCCACUGAUUCUCUUUUAAUGUUAGUCAUCGGCAGAUUUGUUACUGGGAUUGGUGGCGGUGGAUUGACUGCAUUGGGAACGAUCACCAUGAGUGACAUUGUCCCCCUUAGAUCCCGUGGGUUAUAUCAAGGUUUGGGGAAUGUAUGUUUUGGCCUUGGUGCUGCCUCUGGUGGUGUCUUGGGUGGUGUUGUUGCAGACUUGUUGGGCUGGAAGUAUGUUUUCUUGUUACAAGUACCUCUCGCAAUGCUCGUUGGAAUUGCAAUUUAUUUCAACUUGAACUUACCAGCGGGGUCCCCUGGGUUGGGAGCAUAUGGUAGUGACAUGUCGACUAAAUUGAAGAGAGUUGACUUUUUGGGAUCUUUCUUACUUGUUACAUCCCUUAUGGGUGUCAUGGCUGCCGCUUCAUUUGGUGGUAGAGAUAUUGCAUAUGAUUCAGUUCUUUUCAUUAGUCUUGUUGUUAUACUGUGUGUUCUUUUACUCGCCUUUGCCUAUGUGGAAUUGUAUGUUUCACCAGAACCGGUUAUUCCAGUUGAAUUGUUAGCCGAGAGAACAGUUUUGUCUUCAAGUUUAACCAAUUGGUUCUAUACUAUGGGAGUAUUCACAUAUUUAUUCUAUGUUCCGAUCUAUUUCACAUCUGUUCUUGGAUUAUCAGCAACAGAAAAUGGUCUUAGACUCGUCCCCAACUUCCUUGCCACAUCCACUGGAUCAGUUGGUGCUGGUCUCUACAUGAAGGCUACUGGCCGCUACUAUAAAUUGGCAGUAGCUACAGGUAUCCUUGCUCUUUUUGGUGUUACCAACGUUCUGUUUAUUUCUCCUCGAAUUUCUCUUGUGAACCAAUUUCUUUUACAAUUGCCUCAAGGAAUGGCCUAUUCAAGUAUUUUGACCAUCACAUUACUCUCCUUGAUUGCAGCUGUUCCUUCAAAGUACCAGGCCUGUACAACAUCUAUCCAAUACACUUUUAGAGCUACGGGAUCUACAUUGGGUGUCUCUAUUGCAUCUGCAAUUUUCCAAAAUAUUCUCAAGACUAAUUUGAGUAGCAAAAUUUAUGAAUUAAUUUCAGAUCCAUUGAAAGCCGCCAUUGUCCUUGAAAAUGCUCUUGAAAAUGCUCAAUAUGCACAGACUGCUCCUCAUGCUAUACGAGAUGCAAUUAUAGAUUCCUAUGGUAUUGCAUGUAAAGGAGCAUUUGCAUUUGCUGGUGCGACUGUUGCCCUUGGUGUACUCACUUCUCUUUUUAUGAGAGAACAUGUUUUACAUACUAGUAUGUCUAGAGAUUGAAGUAGAGAUUUUUUAAUAUUUUAUUAUCAUCAUUAUUAUCAUUAAUAUAGUAUUAUUCUUAUAUAUAAAUAUGUAUGUAUUAUUCUAA